UUGGAACCUUCUGAAUUCAAUUUUCAAAAAUGUCUCCUACGGUUUCUUUGACUUUUCCUCCUUCAGCACUCUCUCGUUCUAUAAAUCUUUUCUCAAUUAUUAAAGCCGCCACUAACCUCACAUACAAGAAUACAUGGCGUCUCACGAGGCAAGGCCAUUGGUGAUGGAAAUGGAACGUGAAGAAGAUUUCGAAGAUGCCAGCAGCAGCUGUGGAUGCUUUCAUUGUUUUGGUUUCAAGAAAUGGUGGCAGGGCCAUGAUGAAGAAGGUAAAGGACUCCUUGACAAUAAGGGUACUGAGGGAGAAUCAUGGGUUGUGAACAAAUUGAGAAAAACAAAAGAGUUUACAGAAGUAAUUGCUGGUCCAAAGUGGAAGACUUUCAUUAGAAAGAUAAGUGGGUAUGGGAAGAGACAACAAAGGAAGAGGUUCCAGUAUGAUGAACAUAGCUAUGCUCUCAACUUCAAUAGUGGGGCUCAGAGUGAAGAUGAAGGCAUGCCUCACAGUUUCUCAGCUAGAUUUGCUGCUCCUGGACGUCGCCAGAAUGAAUUAUGAUACGUCCAUGUUCUUGUUUUCGUUGUUGCCAAAACUUGUUUCUAGUUUUUGUUUUUUAAUUAUCAUUCAUUGUGUGAAGAGUUACGACCAUUGUGUUCUUUUCCCACCUAUUAAUUAAAAAUUUUACGUUUUAUUUAGAGAAAACCGAUUGAAAGGGCACCCACCAAAAAUAUUGUUUUUGGUUUGAUCAAUCUUCUUCUAGAGAUGGAAAUGGGAAAGAGAGGAUUUGGAUUCUUCAAGACAAUAGUUACACGUAAACCAUUGGUUUUGAGGAUAAAGUAACAUUAUUCCAAAAGUAAACGCGUUGCGUUGAGGACGCCUUCAAAAUAAUUUAUUCCUUUUCGUUUG